AUGUCAGAUCAGAACCCAGCCCAAGGUCAAGCUUCAGCGUCACCAUGGGACGCAGGAUUCCCACCUAAACGCAUGUCUUCCAAAAGGCGGAGUCAAAAAUCAACGGCCUGUGAGAACUGCAAGGUCAAGAAAAUCAAGUGUUCCGGAGGCCCUCCCUGCGAGAAUUGUGUCCGAAAUGGCAUCGAGUGCGUUGUUGAUGAGGCGCAAGAUGGUCGUCGCCGAAUAGCCGUCAAGCGAACAAUCGACAGUUUGGAAAAGGAUAGAGACUUGCUCCUGGAUCUCGUUGCCAGUAUGCGUGAUGGCAAGAACACAUAUGUUCAGCAACUUCUAAGCCUAAUCAGGGGCCAUGCUUCCCUCGCCGAGAUCAGAGCCUAUAUAGACGUCCAAGUGAGAGAAUCGCGUAUCGAGAAAACGCCGGAACUCGAAAGACUUCAGCAAGAGAUCCAAGAAUCGAGAAACGUCCGGGCCCGCGAGGUGAGGAGUAUAAUGGAUGUUGAAAGGCUAUCGGAUAUUCCAGUCUAUCAAGUCCCCGCCAAACCUUGGGUCACUGUGACUGAUGAUGAUGAGUUGGUUUCCCAUUUAAUUUCCCUAUGGUUCACAUGGAAUAAUCCAUAUUACAAUUUUGUGCACCGCGAAACUUUCAUCCGGGAUAUGCAGGCUGGUAAACUGGACUGCAAAUACUGCUCUCCACUGUUAGUCAAUGCCAUACUUGCGGAAGCAAGUGCUUUAAGUGAUUACGUUGAAGUUUUCGGUACUCCAAAUGACGCAGCGACUCGGGGCGAGAUGUUUCUUAACGAAGCAAGAAGACUGAUGGCCACAAUGGAUGACUUUUCAACGCUUCCUACAAUACAGGGCUUAGCUGUACUAAGUGUAGCGAUGGCUGUGAUAGGAAAGGAUCGCUCAGGUUCGAUGUAUCUCGGGAUGACCAGACGCGCCGCUCAGGAGUAUGAAAACACCGUUGCCAAGGUCAAUAUGGAAGAAGGCGAUGACUCUGUUAGUUAUGCUCUCUGGGGCAUCUUCAAUAUGAUCACGACUUACUCCGUCUCUUUAAUGCGAUAUGAAUCCAUAGCGAUACCUCGAUACCCGCGACCAAAACCUAGUCACAAUACUGAGUUAGAUGCCUGGUCUCCUUAUCCACGACAUGAGGAAUCGGUACCGGGACACAUAUCUUGCGUAUCACACGGAUGGUCUGAUCUGAUGAAGAUUUUCAGCGAAUUCGGCAAAUGGAUCGUGGAUAAAGAAGCACAACCAGAAUCAGACAUGGUCUUGAGAGCCAAGACCUUCUAUAAGGACUUGCAGAAGUGGGAAGCAGAUUUACCGGACUGUAUGAAGCCCGAGCCUGCCUCAGUGCCUCAAAUACUAUAUUUACAUAUGCAACAUCAAACUAUCACCAUGCAGAUCUUCGGUGUCGUCAGAUCGCAUGGAGUUGAACUAGAUGAAAUAGACAUCCAAGACCUACGCAUUAAAGCAGCGCAUAAUGUCCUGAAUCUGGUCAACCUGCAUCGCAGGAAAUGGGGCAUUCAGCGCAUGUCCCCUACCUGGAUACAUUGGCUCAGCAUAAGUUUAUUCACGUUACUUGAAGCUCUCGACCAAGAAACCAACAGAAAAGCUUUCACGGAACUAUGUGUUGUCACACGGGCCUGUUCUCAACGCUGGCUGCUGAUUAAAGGUAUAUUACGUAUGAUACAGAUCAAUGCUGCAAAUAUGAAUGUCUCAUUGCCAGAAGAAGCUCGUGCACUUUUCAUUGAUUUUAGUGAGAAGGAUUGGAAGGAGAAACAGCGGUCUCGAUUCAAGAGCAUUUACCCUAAUUUCUCGUCAACUUUUCAGGAUCGAGAAGGAGAGAAUCUGGAAAUGGACCAGUUUUUGGAUAAGUGGGACAAGAUCAAUUUGAACGAAGAGACACAGCCAGAUGACAGUCAUGAAUGA